AUGCCAUCGGAUCAUAUAGUUAAAUUGGACAUGAGUGAAACUGACGAAAAAAGCCGAAAUUUCCAAAAACAAGAUUAUAGUAUGACCUCAGUGGCCCAAGAAACAAGAGAUAUAUUGUCAGAUUUUCUAGACGGUGAAAUAACUCAUAGUACUAGAGAUACUGCUUCAAAUUCUAAUCCAACUGAAAAUGAUGGAAUUGGUGGAAAUAACGAUUCCUUUCACCACAUUCUUCCAUCUGAUCUACAGUUCCUUAGAAUGGACAGUUUUCCUCCCGUUUCCAGCAUACAGCCCAUUUCAUCCAGUCAAUAUUCCCAACAGAUGAACACCCCAGAGCAUAACGUCACUUCUAAAUUUCCAUCUUCAUAUGCAGAGAUGCGUGAUACACAAAGCAUAUCGUAUACUGUCAAUUCACCGAUGGAGGUUAACAGUUCACAAUAUCAGCAGACGUCAAAUUAUCCAAUUGCAUCACCAUCAUCUCACAUGUCUUCUCCCAGUCCUGCUCAAACUAUCGUACCCAGUCCGACUCCAUCACCAAUGCAGUACAUGAUGUCAACUGAUGCUCGAUCACCAAGUUUUGAAUCCAUGCAGAAUUCUCAGCAGCUUCAUGCCAACUCUCCUCAGAUGAUUAGCAGUAAUCCACAAUCACCGAACUUCGACUCCUUACAAAAUUCUCAACUUCAUACUGGCUCGUCUCAGAUGAUGAAUAACGACCAACAUUCGUCAAAUUUUGAAUCCAUGCAGAGAUCACAGCAGUUUCACAACAAUUCUCAACAAAUGAUGACAAAUGAGGUGCCAUCUCCUGGAUUUGAAACGAUGCAGAAUUCAAAGUUGCAUACAAAUUCAACACAAAUGAUGAACAACAAUGCCAGAUCUCCUGGGUUUGAAUCGAUUCAAAAUUCACAGCUCCAUGUCAACUCUCCACAAAUGAUAAAUGAAGUGUCAUCCUCAGUUGAAAAUCCAGAUAAAUCUGUUCAGUUUGAAGAAGUUUCUUCUCAGCUCUCCAGUUCAUCUUUAAACAUGCCGGUCACCCAUUCUAGUCCUUCGCCUGCUUUAAUCAAUGAACCACCGUGCGGUUCAGUCAAUUCGGGCUUGUUACAUAGCUUCAUACAGCCUACUAGUGGUCCAGAGAAGAUCUCCUUUCAACCUACCAAUACAGUAUUUACAGACAGUCACAGACAGUUUGGUCAGCAUCAAACAGCACAAGUUGGUCCAAGGACAGCUCAGUUUCAAAAUCUGCCCUCUGGAUUACUCACAAGUGUACAGAACGCUGCCCUUCCACCUGGGGCCAUCCUGGUUUUGACACCAGGCCAGUUUCAAAACACAACUCAAAGUAUUAAUCCACAGUUAAAUUCUGGUGCGUUUCAGUCUCCAGCUCCUCAGAGCAAAGUGAAUCAGUUGAACAAUUCCCAGCAGUUUCAAACUCCGUCUCUCAAUUCACCAAAUCAGUUCAAUCAACAGACAUAUCAAGCUUCAAUUAAUGGGAUCAAUCCAAAUCAAUUUACAUUGCCGCAAGUCCAACAAGUCCAAUCUCAAAGCCAAAUGAUGACGACACCAGUAGUUAGCAGUGCUGGUAUAGUCACAAGUCCUGUACACCUGAACCAAUUUACUGCCUUUAGUCCUGCCCAGUUCCAGAACCAGAUCAAUGCACAAGGAGGAGCAGUAGUUGGUGCUCCUGUUACAAAACUUGACAAGCUCCCUCCAUUAGUGAUUCAGCCAAAUUCUCUUCAGUUAAAUAACAAUGCAUCUAGUCAGUCUAAAGUCGGUGAAAACGAUUUACGAAUUAUCGGUGAUAAAUUAGACAAUAAUGCAUAUGCACAGCUGAAGGAGUUGCUGCAACAGUUAUAUCCUGGUAAGCUCAAUUCAAAACCGGAAAACAACACUGUGGUCGGCCAGUCUCAGCCUACAGAGAAACUAGCCCCAGAGAAAGUUGUUCAGAAUGUUGGCCUCUUUGCAGUUAAACCGAAUGCAGCAGUGAACAGUGAUAUCCCGGUUCCAAUUCAAAUUGAUAUCCCCAAUCAUGUGACUGUUAUCCCAACACCAGUGGUUCAACAGGCAGCUGCGAGUAACGAUAAGAUCACGUUUGCUAAAUUACUUGAAACAUACCUUAAGGAACAAGUUAUCAAGCAAGUCAAAGAAGAAGAAUUGAAAAGGAAAAAUUCUACUGGAACAGAACCCAAUCAAAGCAUUGGAUUUGACAUAAGCCAACGCAAGCCUAAUUUAGAAACACCUGCAUCCCCUGUUGUGGAAACGUCCCCUGUUCAAGUUGGACAGAAACGGCAACUCUCCCCUACUAGACUUAUAUUUCAAAGAGACUCAACGUUGGGUGGUGAUACUAAAUGCUUGUCUAUUGAUGUGACCAACCCUGAAAUGAGUUCACAUACGUUUAGAAAUAUUUUAGGGAAUUCGCUCCAUGCUUCCAGUAGUGAGCCAACGCUUCAAUUGAGCCAUAUGCAGAAUUAUAGAAAUGUGGAGCAAUUUUCUGAAGAUAUGACCCAAUUUCUAGAAUCAAAUGAUCGCAUUGAAAUUAAGCAACGUCCAAAAUUACUGAUUUCUGCGCCAUCUAACGAUGAUAAUGAUAAAAACACUAGUUCAAUGCUGCGUAAAAUAUUGACAACAGAUGUUGAUAACGGCAACAGUAGCCCGAGUCCCAGUCCAGUAUCCAGUCCUGAUAUCCAAUUAGAAUCUCCUUCUUCAUUAUCGUCACCCAAUAGCUUGCUUUUUGAUGGGAACACGAAUUUAACGCUUCUUCAAAAAUCAGAAGAACUGAAUUUAAAUUCGGAUAACUUAGAUGAUCAACCAACUUCUGAAUUGUGGAACACAACAGUGUUUUCAGAUGAUGACAAUAUGGUGCCACCAAAAUCUCACAAAUCGAAGCGAAAUCAUGAUACUCAUUCUACCACGUUUGAUAAAACAAUCGCCGUUGAUUCCUGGUUCGAUGCAGGAGGUGCAACUAAUCCCAGUGCUUUUAGUUUUGCUCAAUUUGGAAAUGUGGAAAAGUUUGGAGAAACACAGCCUCAGACGGUUGAAACACCAACAAGGUAA